AUGGCGAAUGUGGCUGCAGGCAGGCAGGUCUUACGCUGCACCCGGUGGGAGCACAGUACCGGCUGGACGGAAGACGAUGCACUACAAGGCCUCGGUAAAGGGGGAGAACGGGCAGGAUAUGAAGACAUCGCUGGUCAAUAUAGCAUCAUCGAUGUCAAGACCAAAACACCCCAUGCACUGUCUUUCAUCUUCGUCGGGCCAGCUUCCGUUAUGCCAGUCGCGGUGCCGUUCCCCUUGCUGGACGCCGCUUCGGAGGACCUCCAGGACCCGCAGAUUUCGACUCCGCACGGCCCCGACCCGUUCUCCCUCCACCAUUCAAUCGCCGUUCCGUGCUAUCUAUGCAUCCAGCCCAACCCCGCGACAAUCACCCAGUUCCGGCUCAUUUUCGUCCUCCUUGCAACUAGGCACCUAGCUCCCUUCACUUUUGCACACCCCUUCUGCAUGUAA